AUGGAUUUAUCAUACAUUAUCUGCUUUGAUUUUUCAAUUUAAGGCAUGAAAAUCAGGAACCAAACCUCUGGGACAGACUUUAUGCUGGUUGGUCUUUUCCAAUAUGGCAGCAUGAAUGGUUUUCUCUUUGCUGCCAUUGUCUUCCUCUUCUUGGUGGCUGUGCUGGGGAAUAUUACCCUGGUCCACCUCAUCCGACUGGACAGCAGGCUCCACUCACCCAUGUACUUGCUGCUCAGUCAGCUCUCCUUCAUUGACAUGAUGCACAUCUCCAACACUGUACCCAAGAUGACUACGAACUUCCUGAUGAACACCAAGACCAUCACAUUUUUGGGCUGUGAGAUUCAGACAUUUAUGUUCCAGAGCCUUGGUGGAUGUGAAGCCAUUCUCUUGGGCUUCAUGUCCUAUGAUCGUUAUGUAGCCAUCUGCCAUCCUUUGCGCUAUCCUGUCCUCAUGAGCAAGAAGAUCUGCUGCUCCCUGAUCAUGUGUGCAUGGUCCAGCAGUGCUGUCAACUCCUUAUUACACACAUUGUAUUUUUUCCAGCUUCCCUUCUGUGGGUCUCGGAUCAUUAACCACUUUUUCUGUGAAGUUCCUUCCCUCCUGCCAUUAGUAUGUCAGGACACCUCCCAGUAUGAGUACACUGUACUCUUGACUGGACUUGUAUUUCUGCUGUUGCCCUUCCUGGCCAUCCUAGUUUCAUAUGCUCAAGUGCUCACUGUUGUGUUCCAGAUGAGCUUAGGCAAAGGGCGCACCAAAGCUCUUUCCACCUGUUCCUCCCACCUGAUUGUGGCGAGCCUCUUCUACAUUACCAGUCUCUGCACCUACACUCAGCCACACUCGUUGCAUGAGCCUGCCCAGGACAAGAUGUUGGCAGUUUUUUACACCAUUGUCACACCUCUUCUGAACCCAUUCAUCUAUAGUCUGAGGAACAAGGAUGUCCUGGCGGCCCUGAGAAGACUGUUGGGAUGA